AUGGGUGAUACAAAUGGACAAGUGGUGGCUGGUGGCCAUGGCGAAGGAAAUCGAUUGGAUCAAUUGAUAUGGCCAACUGAUGUGUUGAUCGACAAAGAGAUGGAUAGUCUCAUUAUUUGUGAUCAUAUGAAUCGACGAGUCGUACGAUGGUCUCGUCGUAGUGGCACAACUCAAGGAGAAAUCCUCGUCGACAAAAUCACAUGUUAUGGAUUGGCUAUGGAUGAUCAGAGAAAUCUCUACAUUUCUGACUUUGACAAAGGUGAAGUAAGACGAUAUCCAAUAGGAGACAAGAAUGGAAUUCUCGGGGCUGGUGGUCGCGGCACAGGUGCUGGUCUCAAUCAACUUACCGGGCCAACCUACAUCUUUGUUGAUGAACAACAGGCUGUCCACAUAACGGACUACGGCAAAGAGCGUGUGAUGAAAUGGAAUAAAGGUGCAACAGAAGGAAUUGUCGUCGCUGGGGGUCAAGGCCAAGGGAAUGCUUUGACACAAUUGUGGAAUCCUUACGGACUGUUCGUCGAUACGUUGGGUACCAUCUAUGUGGCCGACGCGGGGAAUAAUCGAAUCAUGCGUUGGCCUAAAGGAGCGACGCAGGGCACUGUCAUUGUAGGUGGAAAUGGCUUAGGAGAAGGAGCAAAUCAGUUUUACCUUCCUCGGGGUUUGUCCUUCGAUCGAUAUGGCAAUCUCUAUGUCGCCGAUUUUGGAAAUAAUCGUGUUCAACGAUUUUCUAUCGAAUAG